AUGGUCAAAGGCCAGAAAUCGUCGGCCAGUUCUGGCACACGCAAAAAGGUUGCACGCAAACAGGCCACAAAGUCUCAACCUGCAGACGCGCAUCCACCACCCGCCCAGCCCAAGGAGAAGAAACCCAAGGGCAAGCAGGCAAAGGCACUCGCAAAGGCUGAGCCCAAGAAGAAGGUCUAUGUUCCUCCUCCAAAACCCGUCAAGCCCCAGCCAGAUCCGCUCGAUGCCCACGGCAUUGCCCACCAGCUACCCCCUGAGCUCGUCGUUGUCCUCAGGGCACUGGGCAAGAAGGAUCCGGUCACAAAGGCCAAGGCCCUUGAUGAGCUCAACGCAAGGUGGAUUGACCAGGCAGCGAAGGAGACUGCUGGGGAUAACGGCGAGGGCGAGGUUGCGUAUGCGCUCGUAGCGAUGAUGCCUGUCUGGUUCCACCGCCUUCCAGUCCUCUUCACCCACCCCGCCCGGCGCAUCCGCCUCCUCGCAGCCUCAGUCCACGCUGCCCUGCUCUCGUGCUCGCCCGCCGUGCGCACCGCCGCCUUCGCGCACCUCGCCGACUCCGCAGACCCGGCCAGCACCGAAGCAUCGCUCGGCACAUGGCUCCUGCUCGCGCACGAUCUCGACCGCGUCGUCGUCACACAGGCCGAGCGGUCCUGGCGCGCGUUCGUCUCCUAUGCGCCUCCAUCUGAUCCUCAACACGCGUCCUCUUCAAAGCUGCAAAUAACCCCUGAUACCUUACGGAGCAUCACAGCGUUCACCGAACGCGUUCUCCUGGACCCUCUAUCUGUACACGCCGCGCUCAACCCAGCACCACUAGAGGCGCUACCGCCACCACCUGCUGCACGCGGAGGAAAGGGAGGCAAAGGCGCAACACGCCCGCCGCCGCCGCAGGCGUCCAGAUCGAAGGAAACCGUCGACAGGCCAAAAGCAGAGGGCGACGAGGAACAGGACGCGGAUAAGAGCGCGAGACUGCGGUACGCGGCGCUCGGCGCGCUGCGCUGGAUUCUCGACGCACGCAAGGCGCUCGGCCUCCCCCUCUCCGAGCUCUACCCGAUCCUGCGCAACACCGCGCUCUGGAGCGCACUGCACCCCGCCGCCCGCGCGCCGUUUGCGUCUGGCGACGAUGACCGUCACCAGAAGCAGGACGGGUUCGGACUCGGGCAGCCGCAAGUCCGUGUGGCAGCGUGGACGCUCGUGCUCUGUCUUCUCCAACUGCAUGGCGUAAGGUCCUCUGUGUCCAGGUCUGACAACAAACACGAUGCGAAAGAGGAUGGAGACGGAGACGGAGAUAACGUGGAAGGAGUCGAGGAGGCGCAAGCCCCGUCAAGUUCCACGCCAGAGAAAAAGGCAGAGGAGAAGGUAGAAGAAGAGCGCGGUUUGGAGCCGCUGCUGAGCGUCCUGGGCCCGGCGGUGCUCCGUUCUGCGUGGGUCGAGACGGAUCCGGGUGUGCGGAGCGCGAUUACGAGGCCGGUGUUGAUAUUCUUGAAAGAGUAUCCGAACGCGUGGUUGGUCGACGCCGAGGCUGCCGCCGCUGCGGGCGUCUCUCACGACGGUGACAGAGAAGACGAAGAGAAAGGCGAACUUGAAGGAGGAGACGAGGACGAGGACGAGGGCACGGAGGAUGACGGCGACGAGAGUGGUGAGGAGAACGAUGGCGAAGCUCUCGCAGCGACGACCUCCGUGAAACACCCCCUCGCACCAACAAGACGCCAGCUCCCGUCCCCGGCAUACACCGACUUCCUCUCCUACCUCGCCCUCGGCUGCGCCGGCUCCCCAAUCGAAGGGUACCCCUCGGUGCUCAUCGUCCUGUCUACCAUCCCUUCCUCUAUCAUCACCGCCUCCGCCUCCGCCUCCGCUGCACCCACACCCGCGCCUCCACCCCCCGAUACCUCCGCCCCAUCACCACCAUCAUCAUCAUCAUCAUCACCGAAACCAAGCUCAUACGCAGACGCCCUGCACACGCUCUUCGCCGCCUUCUGGGCCGCCAUCGACGGGCGCGCGCUCAGCAUGAGCGCCGCGGACCGAAAGGGCCCCGCGAGAGCGUUUCUGGGCGCGGUGUUGGAGUGUUUGGUGUUCAUGGUGCAGCGCGUGCUGCGUUCCUAUCCUUCGCCUGGUUCUGCCUCUCCUGCUCCUGGUGUUGCCGCAAGCGCGGAGCACGUCGAGACAGAGCAGGGGGAGGCCAGCGUGGCGCCCAAGUCCGAACUCGAACCCGAACCCGAGCCCGAGUUUGUGGACCUACCGCGAUUGGUAGAGGAGCAGUUCGCGCGCGUGUGGGACGCGCUGUUCGAGUCGCGCAGGCUGCGGGUGGACGCUGUUGACGCGGGGACGCUCGUGCGCGGGGCGCUGGGCGCGUUCGAGAGGCUCGAUGCCGCCGCCGCCGAUCCCUCCAAGCUGCCGUCGGGAGAGAAGACGAGAUCGCUAUUCGACGCCGCGUUUGCGCCCCUUGCGCGCGGUGCGCAGGCGCAGACGCCCGGGGCGAGGGAGCUCGCGCCGGCGUUUUUGCGCGUGCUGAUGCUGCGUGCCGAGGGCUCGUCGUCUUCGGAUGGGGAGUCGAGAACGCACGGCGCGGUGCGUGCGCUGGUUGCGGAGGCUGUGGGUGCGUGUUUGGGCGCGUGCGAGGAUGUUCUUGCGCGUGAGCGGCAGGGAGACGUGGACGAAAAAGAGAGGGAGAAGGAGGUCGCAGAGAAGGUGGGCGCGCUCGCGCGCUGGCUGGAUGCGUUUGGCGCGGGCUUGUUUGAGCAUGGGGAGUUUUUCGUGCGCGCAGACGACCUCGCAAUCACCCACGCCCCGCUCCUCCUCUCCACCUGCCCCCGUUUCGCGCUCGCGUAUCUCUCCCUCCGGGGCACCUCGGACCGUGCCCGCGGGCUCGAGAUGUGGCACGCGCUCCUCGCCGGCGUGGCCGUUGCGGAUAAUCCGGGUGUGCAGAGGAAGCAGCUGGAGAUGCUGCUCGACGCGGACGAGAACGGCGGUGUUCCGGCGUACGUCGCGCCUGAUCCUGAAGAGGAUGGGCUGGAUAGGGUGGUCGAGGGGAUGCUGGACCGGUGUAUCAGCGGUGGCGGUGGGGGCGAAGGAAUUCGGGCGGGAGACAGGGCGGUGGUGAGGAGGGUGUUGGCGAGGCCUGCGCACUUCCUUUCUGCCCGCGGCACCGACAUGCUCACGCACGUUCUCGCGUCUGCGCUCGCCGCGCAGGUCGAGAGCGCGCUGUACGAGCCCGAAUUUACGCCCGCGAACCUGGACGUACUGCUCGACUUUGUCUCCGUCGUGCUCGCCCGCCGGCCGCCUUCGGCGCAGGCGCCGUCAGCCGCGGCAGCAGACAGUGAUAACGACGCAGGGACGGCGGAGACGCUCCUCCCUGCCGUGUUUAUCUGCGCGUACCUUCUCCCGCGCGCGUUCCCUGCGCUCGCGGGCGACGUGGAGGUUGCGAAGGCGGUGUGGACCGCGUGGGUUGCCAGCGAGGGUGUACGAGGUGAUGUUACGGAGGCGGUGGUGGGUAUUGUGAAGGGUAAGCUUGCGAAUGUGGUGAUGGACUGUGAGGCCAGGGCGAGACCGGAAGACGUCCUCGCCCUCGCCGCGUCCCGCCCACCUGGCCUCGCACUCGACGUGCUCGAUGACCUCUUUCCGUCGCGCUCUGAGCUGGAGGGUAUGCUAGCUUCCCUACCUGCACACGCGGCAGACCCGAGCAUCGCGCUCCUCGAGCCUGCGAUUCUCCCACCUGGACCAUACUCUGAGUCCGGUGAGCCUCCCUCGCCUACGCAGGGGGCGUCGGUGGACAACCGGGGCUACGGCCCCUACGCGCGCGUUGUGUCCGCGCUGCUCACGCACGCACUGGACGACCGCAGGCGGAUCGCGAACGAGGAGACGUGGGUGCUCCCGCACGCGCUGAGGCUCAGCGUGCUCGUGCAGGACUUCAUCCGUGUCCCAGGCGCCGGAGGCGGAACCGUGUUCGGGCCGGAGGCGCUAUACAGCGAUGUGGAGCUGCUGGUUGCGCGUGCGCAGACGCUCGCUACGUAUGUGUUUGCUAUGGCUGCUUCUGCGGAUUCAGACGAGGGCGAUGGGGUGAGACAUGUGCUUAUUACGAAGGCGUGUCUUCCCCCGGCCGCUGGUGCCAGCGCUUCGAAAGGUGCUAGCGCAAGCGCAACACUGAGCGCUGUGGAGCAAAUGCUCGUCGACGUGGUCGAAUGCGCGAAAGCCAAAGAUGAAGUAAGGGAAUCGAGGGUGCUCUAUGCGCUCUUGCAGCACCUGUUUGCGGAUGCGGACACGAGCGAUGCGGAGCAUUGGUUGUUGCUGGCGAGGAGACUCGAGAAGACAGCACCUCAAACGGCGCUGACCAUCGUCGCCGCGCUCACUACGCACGCACCCGAGCCUGCACGGCUCGACCGAUACCGCAACGAACUUGCCGCGGACGCACUGGGCAUCAAGCCCGCGCAGGCGGCCACGAGCGGGCUGCUGCUCCUCCGCCGGCUAGUCGCGACGGCUCCAGAUCCAGAGAGCGACGUCGUAUUUUUGCCGCAACAACGCGCUGUGAACCUGAUGCGUGUGUGUCAGGCGUGGAUCGCUGGCGCUGGCGAUGAUGACGACGAGGAAGAGGACGAGGACGAGGAUGAAGGGGGGUUGGAGGGCGUGGAAAGUGUGAUGACGCUGCUGUUCUACCACCUCGCGCCGAUCGUGCAGAAUGUGGCUGGCGCACAUUGGGAUCUCGUGUGGGAUGUUGUUGAGAAUAACCUUGAGAAUUGCUCCUUUGACGAUGAUGCAACGCUCACGACGCUGGGACGCUCGCUGCGAUUGAUCAUCCUGAUCGAGGACCUCGUCAAGACGAACAAGUCGCUUAAGGCGGUAUGGGCGGAACGACGGUCGGCUAUCCUGUCGCUCGUCAAAGACCUAGUCUCUGCGAAGUCCUCGAACGGAAGCAACAAUGCAGGCGUCUCGGCGCCGCGCUCGCUGUGCCGCGAGUUGGCUGUAUCGAUCGUGCAAGACAUGCCGAGCGAGCUCGUCAACGAGAACACGCUCUCAGAGAUGUGUCACUUCCUCUCGGACCCGUCCGCUGAGGUGCAGAAGAUGAGCUACCGCCUCCUGCACGAGGCCACGCGGAAGCGCACAGAGCAUCUCGUCGUCGAGGCGGCCGUCGACACCGAGAACAAGGUCAAGAUAGGGCUCCCCGACGAGCUCGUCGUGAUCCUGCAUCAGACGCUGGACCUCGGCGACGUCGAGCAGGAUGCGUCUGAGAGUGCAGGGAUACAGACGCACAGGUUUGAUGUGUUUGGGCAUAUGCUUGGGUGGAUGGUCGCGUUUGAUUUGUUUGAAGGAGCAUCGCUGAAGGUUAGAACAGGAUACGUCCAGCAUCUGCGAAGCCUCGGAGUCGUGGGCAAGAACUUCAUCCCGCACAUCUUCGAGGUUCUGAACCUGUUCGAUGGACGGCGAAAGCCGUUCAAACUGUCCAUAUGGGAGGUGGACGGGUAUCACCUCGACUAUUACGACCCCGACGACUUCCUCUCGAUCCGACUCUUCGCCGCGCACCUGUAUCACCGUGCACUACUCACGAUCCCCGUACUCGUGCGCUCCUGGAUCUCAGACUGCACCGACAAACAGCUACUCUCACGUGUACUCGACUUUACCUCGUCCUUCUUCUCCCCAGGCAUCAUCCGCGCCGAGCUCGCCCUCGUCCGCCAGGCACUCAUCAGCGCCGGCGGAGACAGCGACGGGACGGCGCUCGACGACGGCGAGAACGUGGCGAUCCGGGUGUCGAACGUGGCGGGCGAGGCGACGGCGAGCUACACGAUCGACGACCAGGUGGUCGAGUUUGCGGUGCGCAUGCCGCAGGACUGGCCGCUGCACCGGCUCACGAUCCGGGACACGAGGAUGCCGGGCGUGAGCGAGGAGCGGUGGAGGGCGUGGGUGCUUGGCGUGCAGCAGACGGUGUGGCAGCAGAAUGGCCAUAUUGUCGACGGCCUGAGCAUGUUUACCAAGAACGUGAAGCUGCACUUCGCUGGCCUCGUCGAAUGCGCGAUCUGCUAUUCGAUCAUAUGCGCCAUCGACGGAAGCAUACCCGCGAAGCCCUGCCGGACGUGCAAGAACCGGUUCCACGCCGCGUGUUUGUACAAGUGGUUCGAGUCGAGUCACGCGUCGAGUUGUCCGCUGUGUCGCUCGGAUAUUCUCUAG